AUGUAUUUCUCGCCUUGUGUCCUUUUGGCGGCCCUGCCGUACGCCGCCGCCUUCUACCCUUACCUCGCUGGCCUCGACGAUGCCGUCGCACCGGUCAAGGCCACCGCCAAUGAUAUCAUCGCCCGAAAACCUCCGGGUGACAGCCUGUCGAUCCGCGUUCCUCUCAACCGCGUGCCCGUUCGCCGGAACAAUGAGUACAAGAUCAUCACCGCAAACACCCCGACUCAGUCGGGCAGCGUAGGCGUUGAUCAAGACGGCACCGACUUCUCCUACUUCUCCACCUUUCGCUUUGGGACAAGCAAUGUGGAAUACCAUCUGCUGUUGGAUUCAGGUGCUGCCAACACCUGGGUCAUGGGCUCGGACUGCACCACUGAGGCUUGUUCUAAACACAACUCUUUGGGUGACUCCGACUCUGAUACACUCGAGAUCACCAACACGGCCUUUUCAAUUGCCUAUGGUACGGGGAACGUGAACGGCACGAUUGCCAAGGACGAUGUCCAAAUUUCGACUUAUAGCGUACCUCUGUCUUUUGGACUCGCGUCCUAUGCCUCCAAGGAGUUUGAGUCCUACCCAAUGGACGGGAUUUUAGGACUUGGUCGCGCCGACACCACCACGAGUGAUGUCACUUCAGGCACACUGAUUGAUGCUCUUUCGAAAGCGUCACUGAUCCCUGCCAAGCUCUACGGGAUUCAUCUGUCGCGCACAUCUGACGGUCUCAACGACGGCGAGCUGAACCUCGGCGCCCCAAACCCCGACCGUUAUGACGGGUCCCUCUCCUGGACCAAGGCCAUAACCAACGAUCGCGGUUUCUGGGAGAUCCCCCUGGAUGGCGCAAGCGUAGACGGCAAAGACGCGGCAGGCCUCACCGACCGCACCGCCAUCAUCGACACCGGCACCUCGUUCAUCCUGAUGCCGGGUGAUGACGCCGCCGCCGUGCACGCACUCAUCCCGGGUACGAAGCGCAACGGCGAGAUCUUUGCGAUACCCUGCGACACGCAGCGUACCAUCUCGCUUCGCUUCAACGGAAAAGCGUAUAACAUGAGCCAUAAGGACUACGUCGGCGCCAGCCAUGGCGACGGCACCUGCCAAAGCAACAUCAUCGGGCGACAGUCCUUUGGGCCCAAGCAAUGGCUCGUCGGCGAGGUAUUCCUCAAGAACGUUUACACGGUUUUUGACCAGGACGAAGCGCGCAUAGGGUUUGGCGUCAAGGCGGACGGCGGACGGACGGCGGCAGAGACGUCAGCGAGCCCGACGGCUUCGGCGCGUGCGACUUCGGGCGCGGCUUCGAGUGCGAAGGCGAGCACUGAGGCGACUGCAAGCGAGAGCGGCAGCGCGAGCGGGACGGCUGCGGUGUCGACGGCUACGGGAGCGCCGCUCAUCGGCUCUGCUUCUGCUUCUUCUUCUGGAUCGGGCUCAGGGACGAGUGCUACGGCUGCGGCGGCGUCGGCGAGUGAGACGCAUGCGUCGGUGGCUUCGUCAUGCAAGGCGACGAGGAUGGUUGCGACGGCGGUGUUCUCGGCCUUGGUGGCUGUUGGUUUUGUACUCUGA